AUGGCUACAAAGAAAAUCAGAAGAGAAACAAGGAUUAAUAGAAUUAGAGAACAGAGACAAAAAGAAUUAGCUGAAACUGCUAAAACAAUUGACUCCAAGAUAGCACAAACAGCAUAUAAAGAAGGCCAUUUGGAAGACAUUUAUGAUCUCUGUUGGUCUAAUUCAACUCAUCUCAUAUCAGGAUCAGUUGAUAACACUGCUAUAGUAUGGAAUGUAUCUACAGGAGAUAAGUUAGCUAUAUUAAAGGAAAGUCAUCAUUACAUACAAGGUGUAGCUUGGGAUCCUAGUGAUGGUUGCCUAGCAACCUUAGGAACUGACAGAACACUUCGUAUUUAUAGAACAACAAAAGACAAGUUCAAAUGUGUUCAUAGUAUUGAUAAAUUCAAUGAUCUUGAGGGCCUGAAGUCAACCAGAAUGUUUCACGAUGAAACAUUUUCUUCAUUUUUUAGACGUCUUACAUUUUCUCCUGAUGGAAAUAUUCUGGUAGCCCCUGGAGGUAAAGUUGAAUUUACUGACCAAACUAUUAAUGUAACAUGGAUCUUUUCAAAGAGCAGUUUUCCAAAUUUGCCUUAUCGUAUGAUAUUUGCUGUUGUAACUCUUAAUAAAGUACUGCUUUAUGACACUUAUCAACCACACCCAUUGGGUUAUAUCGCUGAUAUACAUUACACAUCUCUCACAGAUGCUACCUGGUCUAAGGAUGGUCUCUUACUGGCCAUAUCAUCUUCUGAUGGCUAUUGUACAAUUAUUGGUUUUGAUGAGAAUGAACUUGGAACACCUUUAGUUGAAGAAAAACACCCUCAGAGCUCGCCAGUUUUAAAUAUAGUGCAGUCACCAUCAUGUGAAGACACACCUACCUCUCACCAAACACCCACUGUUACACCCUCUAGAAGGAUCACUCCCAUACCAGUUGAUAAACCAAUUACUAGUUUAUCAACUCCUCCUCAUAUUAAGGAGCCAACAAAACCUCGAAGAGUUAAUUUUAUAACCUUGUCUUCACCUCAAACUAAUGACAAAGGUGACAGUUAA